AUGUCAGAAUUGUGUUCUAUAAUCACAGGAGCCACAUCAAACAGCCUUGUUCUUGUGGCUGAAAUCUGCAGAGGUAUAGAAACAACAAAAGGGACAUGUAUUGUUGGAAGUUUUGUUGAAACCCUAGAUUCAAUUGGUUGUUUAGGCAUAGUAUCAACUCACUUACAUGACAUUUUCAAAUUACCAUUGAACACAAACAACACGGUUUUCAAAGCAAUGGGAAGUGAAUUUGUCAAUGGUCAAACUAAACCCACAUGGAAGUUGACCAAUGGGAUUUGCAGAGAAAGUCUUGCAUUUGAAACUGCUCAAAGAGAAGGUGUCCCUAAAACAAUCAUACAAAGAGCUCAAGAGCUUUAUGCCUCGGAUUUGGAGAAAGCUGUGAGUUUGAUAUGUAAGAAAAGUAAAUCAGAAGGUUUGAUUAGAUGUGUUGGGAUUUCUCUUAGGAAACAACUACCUCCUUCAGUAAUUGGUGCUUCAAGUGUUUAUGUGAUUAUUAGGCCUGAUAAUAGGCUUUAUGUUGGAGAGGUAUCUGUUUCAUUUUUUUCACAUAGCUAA